GCACGCUUAUGUCAGAUGGAUGGUCUGAUAGGAGGCAGACAUUUGAUCAACUUCCUUGUGAAUAGUCCAGAGGGGACAUACUUCUUAGAGUCUGUGGAUGCAUCAAGUGAAGUUCAUGAUGCAUUUAUGCUAGCUGAUUUAUUAGGGAAGAAAAUUGAAGAGAUUGGGAAAGAAAAAGUGGUUCAGGUUAUCACUGAUAAUGGGGCUAACUACAAGGCAGCAGGUAGGAUACUUAUGGAGAGGUUUCCUUCACUUUUUUGGAGCCCAUGCGCUGCACAUUGCUUAGAUCUUAUGCUAGAAGACAUAGGAAACUUGAAGGAAUUUAAGAAGCCCAUUGUACGUGCAAGACGUGUCACAACUUUCAUCUAUAGGCACGGUAGAAUUCUUAAUUUAAUGAGAGAGAAGACAGGUGGGGCAGAUCUUGUGAGAGCUGCAGCCACUAGAUUUGCCACUGCUUUCCUUACUUUGAAAAGUUUGUACAAGCACAAGGAUCCUUUGAAGGCCCUAUUUCUUAGUGAAGAAUGGAAUGGAAACAAGUUGGCAAAAACUGCUGCACGUAAGGAGGCUUGUGAUAUUGUGCUCUCUGUGGAGUUUUGGAAUAAAGUUGAAGAUUGUCUUAGAGCUUCAGCCCCUCUCCUCAUUGUACUUAGAGUGGUUGAUGGUGAUGAGAAACCUGCAAUGCCAGAGGUCGCGGCACUAAUGAAACAUGCAAAAGAGAAGAUCAAGCUAAGCUUUGCUAUUGAUAGCAAGAAAAGCUUACUUAAGAGAAUCAUAGACAUCAUUGAGAAACGAUGGAUGAAACAAAUGGACCAUCCUUUGUAUGGGGCUGCUCUUUAUUUGAAUCCAGGAAAAUUGCAUCCUCUCAUUCGAGAUGAUGAUGAUGCAACUGUUGGCCAACUAAGAGGUUGUUUCCUUGAUGUGCUUGCAAGAAUGGUGGAUGAUGAAGAAACAAGAGCCAAGAUUGAUGCUCAAUCCUUAGACUAUGAAGCUCUUAGAGGAGAGGCCUUCUCAAACAAAAUGGCCAAGAACAACCUGGAGACAAUGAACCCACUUGAUUGGUGGCGUUCAUAUGGUGGGCGUGCUAUUGAGAUUCAAAGGUUUGCUAGGCGUAUUGUUGGUCUUUGCGCUUCAUCAUCGGGUUGUGAGAGAAACUGGAGUAGAUUUGAGUUUGUGAGUAUUGUUGUCUUUGUCUAAUUGUUUAAUUCUUAGCUUGUGUAGGUUUCAAAU